CAGGGGCGGACUGACCAUUUGGAAACUCGGGCACUGCCCGAGGGCCCGGGGUCGGUAGGGGGCCCCAUGAGAUGCCCCUGGUACCUUUUUCAUAGGCUUUUUUGAGUUUGGGCAAGGACACAGGGGCCCCAUGAUCCCCUAUUGCCCGGGGGCCCCAUGAGUUUUCAGUCCGCCCCGGAGAUGUUGGUGUUACAUAGUAGUAACAAUGAAAAAGAUAUAUCUUUUCAUUUCACUCUGUUUCUGCUAUCUUGCUGUCGC